AUGACGGGCUGGACCCCAAUAGAGUUGCCGCCGUCCAAUCCAAAAAGGACCCUGGACAUCGUCCCUAAGGGCCUCGAGGCCCAGGAGGUCUGCGAGCUGAUGUUCAAGGCGAUCGAGACAAACGACUGCGACACGUACCUAUCGUGCUGCUCGCACUCCACGCGCGCGCCGCGGACCGUCGGCAGCUUCGGCCUGACGAACUGGGACCAAGGCAGGGAGCAGUGGCGCAAGUACAAGGUCACGUACCGAUUUCUCGGCGAGUCGGAUCCCGACGACGACGACGAAAGGCCGCCGGGGGAGUGGUUGAAAGGUGCCGAGCGACUGGUGUGCAGGUACCAGGGGCAGUUCGGGAAGGUGCCGGGAUACGACCACGGCGAGACCGUGCCGCGGCCCGCGCAGGCGAAGCAGCGGCCGGAGCAGGAUGUCGCGGUCCACCUGAUCAGGGAACCCCUCGGAGGAAUAUGGGGCGCGGAGAGAGAGUGGCGGGUGUUCAAAGUCGAGUACUGA